AGUAUUUAGUCAUGGCAUGAUAAGAAAAAUUAUAUUGCAUGGCUACGAAGAAAAUAUAUCCAUUUUCAAUUUCACAGGUAAGUAAAAAGGAGAAAAAGAAGGAAUUUUUUCCUCUAAAUUCUCUUUAAAAUAUUUGUAACAUGUAGGUGUAGACAUUAAUUUUUUAUGCAUCAUAUUUCAGAAUAUACAUUUGAUGACGAAAUGAUACAAGACCCAUUUAAAACCAUGUGAAACGUACAUCGUUAAUAUGAUAUAUGUGCAUGUACCAGGUUGUUUAUCUACUGAAAUAUUGGUUAAGAAUUUCAUAGACAUAAUAAAACAAAUAUUAAAAUUCGACUUCGUCUCCAUAAUGUUGUAAAUCAAGCUUCUCCAAACCAUUAGACCGACCCACAAUAAAGUAUUCAAAUUGUCACGUGCGGCGAAACCUACAUAUCUUCAAAAAUUAAGGCCAAUCAGAAUCAUUCCCAUAUUUUGAGAAGUUUAAUUUGGUAGUAGUCGAAGAGAAAAGACAUCUUACUUAAAUAUCACGAUCGCACGAAAAUUGGAUUUCUGAUUUAUUGAGAGAUAAGGAAAGGCCCUGGAAUUACCGAGAAGAGCUUGGGGUUAAUCCCUCCAGAAGAUUUUUCAAUCCUGGAGGUUUGACUCUCCCAGAUGAGGAGGAGGAGGGCGCCCCAAUUCCCAUGAACAUAAUGCAAAACACAAAUGGCGGGAUGUCGAAUCCUGCGUUUGAAGACGACGAGGAAUCGAUCUCAUCAUCAAGUCACGAGGUUUCCAACGAGGAGGAUGAAGUAUUUGAUGAAGAUCCACCAAGUUACAAAUCCAAAGAAUCAAAUCAGGACAUUGAUGAAGAAUCAUCGAAACCGAAAAACUACAAAUGGGACGUUUUUCGGCUGGCAUCGGAUGAUAAUAUUUCUGGGUCUGAAUUAGCAUGUUGGAAUGCAUGCUUCACUGUCAACAGAGUGGUGAUGUGUGUGGUGAUAUGCAUUACCGUUUUUAUAACGUCUGUGAUAUCGAAAUUCACAUUUAUUUUGAUGACAACAAACAUCUUUCCAUCCAAUGGAGAACUUAAAAACCCAAACCAGACUCUAGAAUACAAAAAUUUACAAAGUGUGGAGGUCACCUGGAUUUGGAGCCUAAUUCUUGCCAUAAUAGCACCAUAUGUGUUUACUGUUUUAAAAUACAUUUGGAUUCUAAUUUUCAAGAAGACACGGAAAUUGAAUUGUGUCGUGUUGUUGGCAGCCCUUUCUAUUGAGACGCUACACUCUAUAGGACUUUGUACAUUUGUGUUUGUGGUUCUUCCAAACUUUGAACCAAUAUCUGCAAGUCUUCUAUGUUGGAGCGUGUCCUUCGUGCCAGCCGUUCUGAAAACAAUUUAUCCAGAAAGAACAUUAAAAAAAGUGGAAGAAGACGAGAAAGGUCGAUUGCGUGGUGCUCGUAUCAUUAACUCGGUCGCGGUGUUAUUCCAACUAAGCAGUAUUGGUUUGUGGACGUACUACGUCUAUAACUCAUUUGAUUCCACGGACUCUCAAGCAAUUACUCUGAUGGUGCUCAUGGCAAUGUCUCCAAUACUGAUUUCUGUUACAUGGUGGGAAAACUACGUAAAGCAAGCCAAAUCCAAAAGCAGCAAAUCCAGCGACCCCGGAGAGGAGACAUCAGUUCUGAUGCGAUUAAAGUUAAACAUGAGACGUCACAGAGUAAAGAUCGGUUGCCUUGUGAACUUGUGGAAGAUUGUAAUGACUCUCAUUGUAAUGCCAAUCGUAAUAUUUGGGAUAUCCUGUGCAGACGGGGGCAGCUGCAUUAAUGUUUUAUUCUUUCAAGCGAAGGAGAAAGCUGAUCUGAGAAACAUUGUGAAUGCAAGUAUGACUGACAAUCGAUACUUUGGAAAGGACUGCAUCUCCUAUUAUCCAUUCAUGAUUUCAGUUGCGAAUAUUCUCUCGAAUAUUAUAUGUUUUAAAAUUGGCAAAGCUGCCUGUAAGAUCUUGGCACAGAAACUUUGCUUUGCAUUGCCUAUUGUUUUGUCAACACCAGCUGUAAUAGGAAUAUUUCUUGGAUUCUACGCACAAACAACUUCUUUCGCAUUGGGAUCUUGUUUAACACCCAUACCAGUAUGGAUUGAUGUAAACGCGAACCCCACUAUUCUUUUUGAGAUUAUAGACACCUACUGGGUGGUCAUCGUCGCGGGCACUUUAGGAUACUUCUCCAUACUCCUUGUCACAAACCACGUAUGGUCUCCUAGUAAGGAAAGGCUUAUUGCAACUGACAGAUUAUUUGUACAACCUCUCUUCAAUGGAGUCCUGUUAGAUCAGUCCCUGCUGCUCAAUAGAAGGCGCACUGAUGACGAGUUUAAGAGCAUUGAGGAAGAUAAAAAAUCUGACAAGGGAGUCCCAAUUCCAGAAAACGACGAGGAAAACCAGAAACAAGACAUUGAUUGGUCAAUUCUGAGAAAAGAUGAUACACCGAUGAUAUAUAUGUGCGCAACUAUGUGGCACGAGUCAGAGAUCGAGAUGAUUCAGAUUCUAAAAUCAAUAUUCAGGCAAGAUGAAGACCAAUGCGCCAGACGUCAUUUACAAAUGUUUCUUGGAAUUAAAGACCCAGAUUACUAUGAAUUUGAAGCUCACAUAUUUUUUGACGAUGCAUUCCAAGCGCAUGGUGACGAAGAUUUUAUUUACUAUGUCAACGAUUUCGUAAAACUCCUAGUCAGCUGUAUCGACAUUGCUGCCAGUGCCGUACACAAGACGGUGAUGAUCAUUCCGCCACCAGUAAAAUACCCAACGCCAUACGGUGGCCGGUUAGAGUGGCAACUUCCUGGUGGAAACAAAAUCAUAGCACAUCUCAAAGACAAAGCUAAGAUACGACACAGGAAGCGCUGGAGUCAGGUCAUGUACAUGUACUACUUCUUGGCCCACAAAUUGAUGAACAUCCCCCAGAAGUCAAAGACCCAACGCAGAAUCAUUGCAGAAAACACGUAUUUGUUGGCACUUGAUGGUGACGUAGAUUUUCAGCCAAAAGCAGUACAGUUACUUGUAGAUCGAAUGAAGAAGAAUACUAAAGUCGGGGCAGCCUGUGGACGAAUUCAUCCAAUAGGGUCUGGACCAAUGGUAUGGUAUCAACAGUUUGAAUAUGCUAUAAGCCAUUGGCUGCAGAAAGCCGCUGAGAACAUAAUGGGGUGUGUACUAUGCAGUCCUGGGUGCUUCAGCAUGUUUAGGGGAUCAUCUUUGAUGGAUGAUAACGUUAUGAGAAGGUAUACCACACCUCCAACUGAGCCACACCACUACGUGCAGUAUGACCAAGGUGAAGACCGAUGGCUGUGUACUCUUCUACUACAGCAAGGAUAUAAAGUGGAGUAUGUAGCAGCUAGCGAUGCGCUAACGUAUGCCCCAGAAAGUUUCUAUGAAUUCUAUAAUCAGAGAAGGAGAUGGUCUCCGUCAACAAUGGCCAAUAUAAUGGAUCUUCUAAUGGACUGGAAGAACGUCACACGAAAGAAUGAAGAUAUUUCUAAGCUCUACAUCCUGUAUCAGACGUUUCUCAUGGUUUGCUCCCUUUUGACUCCCGGAACAAUAUUUUUGAUGAUACUUGGAGCUAUUUCCAUGGCUUUUCCGAUCAUGCCGUCCGUUGCUUUCACAGUUAAUAUUAUUCCAGUUAUAGGGAUGGUACUUCUUUGUUUUGUUGCGAAAACAAACGUACAGCUGGCUUAUGCAGCUAUUGUUUCCACUAUCUAUUCUCUGCUGAUGAUGGUUGUAAUUGUGGGACUACUGGUUGAGGCGGCAGGCGCAGGGCUAUGUUCUGUAACAACAUUGUUCCUUCUAUUUGUGAGCGGUGUGUUUGUAUUUUCCGCACUUCUUCAUCCACAGGAAUUUUUCUGCGUGUUUCACGGCUUCCUUUAUUUCCUAUCCAUUCCUUCCAUGUCCAUGCUUUUGAUGAUCUACUCUCUUGGAAACUUGCACGUGGUAUCAUGGGGGACAAGAGAAACAAAAGUAGCCGCUCCUCCAUCUCAUCAGCAAGGGACACAACCCUCUCAGGAAAAUAAAGUGCAGACCUGGCUAAACAAACUGGGAGUAGGAAGUGCUGUUGGAACAUCAGAUUAUACAUUUUCUUGUGGAAAUCUUCUACGAUGUGUGUGCUGUCCGAACUCAUCUACCCAAACAGAGGAUAUGAGAUUUCGGGCGAUACUGGAGAGGUUGGAUGAUAUCGAGUCACACAUGACAGAGGUUACCCAUAGUCGGAAUCCCAGUCAAUUUGACGCUGAUUCAACAAUUAAUGUAAAAAUGGAAGAGGAAAAUCAACCUUUUUCCAAACAGAACGGGAUAUUUGAAGGAGCCGUAGAAAGAAUAAAUCCAGCUUUUAUGGAAGAAAAGCAAAAACCACCUGACGAAUUGAAAAAUCCACAUUGGAUAUAUGAUGCAUCUUUGAAAGAGGGCGCUGUUGAUUUUCUCUCUGAAGAUGAGAUUGUGUUCUGGAAGCAAUUUAUUCCACAAUAUCUUAAACCAAUUGAAGGAGACAAGGAGCAUGAAAAACAAGUACAAAAGGAUUUGAUUGAGCUGAGAAACAAAGUGUGUCUUGCCUUUCUGCUGAUGAACGCCUUGUUUGUAACCAUUGUGUACGUCCUCACAGAGGUCAACGCCAGCACUAGUCAGAGUCUAUCUAUUCCAUUACCAUGUACGGUAGCGGGUGGACGACCUGGACAGGGUUAUAUUGAACCAAUAUCAUUCGCUUUCACUGCUAUAUUUGGAAUUAUGCUCUUGUUGCAAUUCAUUUGCAUGCUUUUCCACCGAUUUUCUACCUUCAUACACAUAGCUGCUUCCACAGAAAUCCGCUUAAAACGGCGAUUAAUCAAUACAGUUCGAGGAACUGAAACGGGACCCAAAGAUAUCGGCGUUGAAGAAGGUUUACAACUAGUGAAAGAAAUGCAGGCACAGGACAACUCCGAUACGAUGUCCGUCAUUUCUCAAGAGACGACAGCAAGUGAUGAUUUAGAGCUUCAAACUCCUGCGAGGGGCAAAGAACUAUGGAAGAAAUUUGGCCAAAGGCAAAGAAUGGUAGUUGGUGGGAAAACACUUUCUCGUAAUUUUGCGAAGAAUUUUGCGAAGUUACAAAAAGCAAUGAAAGAGGAUGAUGAGUCUAGUACCCGAGGUAUAUCAGAACAAACACCAGACGAUGCACAAGAGGACAGAGUAGCCGCAAUGCAGAGAGCUUUCAAAAACAAAUUUCAGAGAAAAUCUCUUAUGACAAUUGUGUCCCUUGCUCAAAAUAAGAGGCAAAAAGAAGAAAUACAAAAAAGGGCUUCACUACUUAAGAAAAAGAAGAUACAGUCUGCAUGGGUUGCUGCAGCAAAUAGAAUCCGACUGAAUGAGCGCAUGAAUGCACAAGAGAAUAAUACAGGAAACAGGAUGAGUAAGGUGGGAUUUGCUGAUAUAAUGAAAACUGCUGCAGCUCUUGAAAGAAAGAAGAAACUUUCUCUCCAACAGAAAAAAGAAACAGAGAAUUCAAUGGAAGAAAUAGAAGAAGAAACCGAAGAACCACCGAAACAAAUAAAUGAGAGAAAGGCCCGGAUAUCUGUUGACCAUGUAUCCGAGUGGCCUGAUGAGCAUUCAUACGCUGUUCAACCAUCAGAAAUUCCUGAGAUGGAGGGAGAUUAUGCAACAGCUGAUGUGUUGUUUUAAGCGGAUUCUAAAGUUAAAAGAAAGCAAUGAUAACUGUGAUAAAAGCCAAGAAGAUAACGUUGUAUAAUAUGAUAUGUUUAUUUACCCAGUUGUAUUUAUUUUUAUACAUGUACUAAGUAUACAAAAUAUAGAUAUAAGACGUAGUUUAAUUGUUUGUUUUUUUUUUCUCCCGAAUAUUUGUAAUACUACUUAAUUUGCAAUUUUUGUAUUUUUUAUUCAUUGAAAUACAAUGAAAUUAAAUCAUAAUGUGAAAAGUUGAAUUUUAAUUCAAUGUACUGAAUUUGAUUUAACUAUUAUAUCACUUUGAUGAAUUUGAUUUGAUCUGAUUAACUAUUAUAUCACUUUGAUUGUAUUGAUUUUUAUAUAUGUUACUUACUGUAUGUAUACUGAACUUCAUGAUCUAUUUAACAGAUGUAGUCAUUGGCACUUUAUUUGUGAAAUUCACAUAGUUUUACUUACUUUUUUGCUUGUGCUAUGUUUUUCACAGGCAAUAAGACUAAUGAAUUCUUGUUUCACAGAUAGCUCUCGAGAAAUAACAUUUUACUUUGUCGAAUACUGCGUUUCAACGUCUUAUGUGAUUGUGACGAAAUGAAAAAACGAUUUGGUUUAUCAAAGGUUUACACAGCUAAAUGUUAUAAUAUAAUAUUUAUACUAUACUGUGUAACUUCAAAGCAUCCACAUUAUUCUUUAUAAUGCAAGAUCUGAUAUGUACCAUUCACUAAAAAUAAAUAAUUCUUUAAAAA